UCUCAAAAAAAAAAAUCAUGACCGAUCGAAUGAAUGCGUACCACCACACGAAAUUAAAAGCUCAGUAUAAAAUCAAAAUGAAUUGGCAAAGCGCUUGGCAAAAUCCAAUCAAAUUCUGUCCUCUCCUGCGAACCAAAGAGAGCUUGGCAACAUGGUGGUUGGGGCAGGAGGAGGAGACGAGCUCAAGUUGCUGGGCGUGUGGGAUAGCCCGUACGUGAACAGGGUGCAGAUCGUGCUCAACCUCAAGGGCCUGAGCUACGAGUACGUCGAGGAGGAUCUCAUGAACAAGAGCGACCUCCUCCUCGGCUCCAACCCGGUGCACAAGAAGGUCCCCGUGCUCAUCCACAACGGCAAGCCCAUCGCCGAGUCGCGGGUCAUCGUGGAGUACCUCGACGAGGCCUUCGCCGCCGGCGCCGGCGGCAGCACGGGCGCCUCCGUCCUCCCCUCCGACCCCUACGAGCGCGCCGUCGCCCGCUUCUGGGCCGCCUACGUCGACGACAAGGUGGGGUCACCGUGGUACACGAUCCUGUUCGCCCGGGAGAGGGGGGAGAAGGUGGAGGCGGCGGCGCGGGCCAUCUCGGCGCUGGAGACGGUAGAGGCAGGCGCGUUCAGGGAUCGCUCCUCCGAGGGGAAGACGACAAACGCAGCGGCGGCGCCGUUCUUCGGCGGCGACAGCAUCGGGUUCGUCGACGUGGUGCUCGGCAGCUACCUGGGGUGGUUCAGGGUGAUCGAGAAGAUGAUCGGCGUCAGGAUCAUGGACGCGGCGAGGACGCCGCGGCUGGCAGCGUGGGCGGAGCGGUUCGAGGCGGCGGACGCCGUGAGGGGCGUCCUCCCCGACGACGUCGACAAGGUGAUCGACUUCUUGCAGGCGUUCCUCCAUUAGAUUUUAGGGUCGUGUUCGUGUUCUGCUGUCAACGGCUUGGAUUGCUCUGUUCCGUUUACUGUGUAGGGCUGGUAAAAAUGUCCCAUCGUGUUUCGUGUAUCUUGGCCCUAACGGAAUUUUAUCGUUGUGAAUAAGUAGGCCUGAAUUGUGCAGGCUUCAAUAACUGAUGGGCGAAUUUGUCAUGAUGAAUUGGGUCAGACCAGCAAGGAAUAAGUUCAACUAACGUCCCUCAAUUGUACGUUGAGUCUGUAUGUGGUCUCCUAACCGCAAUACCAAAAAUGUGUAUCCCUUAACUAUGUAAAACCAUUUAAAAAAGGUCUUGAGACAAUAGAGAUAUCUGGUUUCGUUGA